UGUGCGCCCCCUCCUCGCGGGUUCGAAACAGUUGGGAGUUGGACCCACUCCAGCUUCGGCUCCAGGAGGCCCCUCCUGAGCGGUCUGCCCUCCUGGGGCCAUGGAGAAGGCCGCCCAUAAAAGCAAAAAAGGCAAAAACGUUGGCUUCAAUGUCAAGUCAUCCAUACACAACUUGAGCAAAACUCAGCAGACCAAACUCACUGUGGGCAACCUGGGCUUAGGCCUGAUCAUCAUCCAGAAUGGGCCCUACCUCCAGAUCACCCACCUCAUCAGGACGGGGGCUGCAGCCACGGAUGGAAAACUCCAGCCAGGUGAUGUUCUGAUUAGUGUUGGCCAUGCCAAUGUGUUAGGAUAUACUCUUCGAGAAUUUUUAAAACUUUUGCAACACAUCACCAUAGGAACAGUGCUACAAAUCAAGAUUUACCGAGAUUUUAUUGACAUACCCCAAGAAUGGCAAGAAAUAUAUGAUUUAAUCCCUGAGACCAAAUUCCCGUUAACACGCACAACAAAGAAAACUGAGCAGGCAAAAGACCCUUUGGCAAGCAGUGAUGACGGUGAAGAUGUAGUUUCAGAUAAAAAACUUAAGUAUUAUAAAUAUUCAAAGUCCAGUGAGCAUCACUCUGCAAGGAGACCAAUGUCUAUCUCCAGAGAAUGGCAUAGCUACAAAAAGAAGAACCGUACUAUUAGUGUAGGAAAAGGCAUUAAUGCUGAUGUGGUGAUUCACAGAGAUCCCAAGAGAGAAGUGAGGCCCCCUUCUCCAUACUGGACAAUGGUGAAGCGAGACAACCAAAGCUCUUCCUCAUCCACAGCCUCCUCUACCUCAGAUGCAUUUUGGCUAGAAGACUUUGCCCAAGUUGAAAAGGGCAGGGGUCAACCUGUAUCAAAAGUUGCUUAGGCAGCAGUCUGCAAACUGGUGAUCACAUGAGCAUCUAAUUUUUGUGCAUUGCUAUGCACAGGUUUGCUAUACUUACAGGAGGAAUAUGUGCAGACUUACCCAUUCUUUCACAAGUGCAUUCUGAUGCCGUCAGAGACAUUCUUCAAUGUGAUAAUCCAAAGACUUCCCUGGGGUCAGACAGGCCUCACCACCUUAUUCCCAAAAUAGCAACAUCAUUAACACACUCCCUUCUGAGAAGAACAUCUCAUCUUUUACAAAAUGCGGCAGAGGAACCCAGGACCAGAAUGUAUGAACAUAGAGAGAAUUUCAAUUUUUAAGGUGGAGCUGUUGGGGAGAAGAUGGUGGAGACCUCUACAAUGCAAGAGGAGUCGACAUUUUUCAUGUGGAAAAAACUGGGAAAACCCACUGAUUGUGGAUUUGUUCUGUAGUUCAUGUAUUUGUUAGGCAUAGUAGAGAGUACAAAAAGGUAUAAGAUACGGUCCUGGCCCUUAAAACAAUUCAGUCUCACAAUAAUAUAUGUGGAAAAAAAACAAAAAGCAAUAGCAGAAUGUCUCCUGCUGAGAAGAUGAACAAAAAUCCUGAGAUCCUGGAUCGUGCAGGAUUGGCACGACAGUUUAUUUCUUGAGAGGAGAACAAACACCGAACUCAACUAUUAGGUUGAAUCACAUGAAAUUACCAAUAAUUCAACUCUUCUUGACCUCUAAGAAUUUAAAAUGGUUUAACCUAUUGGUAAUUUAGUUGAAUGAGGAAGACACAUACACCCCAAGUUGAUGAGCCAUUUACAGACGUGAUGGUAAUGAGCCCUCCUACCUCCACACCAGGUGGACAGGCACCAAACAGCAGGACAGUGACAUAUAUAGCCCAAGGGAACUUAUGCAUUCCUUCUGAAAUUGGGUCGAGGUCAAAUUGUUUGAUGUUAAAUCAUAAGUUUUCAUUUGCUUACAUUUACAACAUCUGUGUCUGCUACGGAGUCAAUCUGCUGAAGGACUGUGGCUGGUGGUGUGUAUGAACCAGCAACCAGAGCCUGGGACCCGACUUCAUCCAGGAACUCCUCAGAAGACUCCACUGACAUUAGGUAGCCAGCUUUCAGCUUGUUCCUGUCCAGUAAAAAAUAUGUAACUAAGCAGAAGCCAGUCUUAUAAGAGCGAGACAAUUUUAAACUCAAACUCAAACAUGUUUUGAAAGACUAAGAACCUUACAAGAAAAAUAUCAACUCUAUCAAAAUGGCAGAACACAAACACAUUGACAUUAAAAACUGAAAUUCCAUUUUCUACAUGUUGCUGUACCUUAUAAAAACUGUGGGGCAUUAAGGAAAUAUAUUUUCUGAAAUAAAUUAGAUUUGAAAUCA